AGACCGUUCAGGAAGGAAACUGGAGGCUGGGGAAGGCGCUGCCAACCCCGCUCAAGGAAUGGAACACACCCGGAACUCGAGUUCCUUAUUGAUUCAUCUAAAACACUCUUUGGUUUGUACUUAUGCGCAGCAUGUGUGCACCAAUGUGUAAUGUUGAGCUUUAAAGAGGGCUAAAACAUGUCUGGUGUGGAAGUGGCCAAAGAGGAACUUAAGGAGAUAGACAUCUGCUCGGAGGAGGAGGAGAAGGAGGAGGAGAGCGGAGUUUUCGUCAACUCAGGUGCGUCGUACCUUGACGGCUUCUCAGCGUUUCACAAAUGGGUUGCAAAUGGACGUUCAGUAUCUGAUGGAUACUGUGAGCGCGCCAAAACAGCUUCAGUCUCACUAUCCAAGUGCGCAAAAGUGCCUCAUGGAGCACCAGCUGGAGAGAUCCGUAUGGAGAGCGCAAGAGCAGGAGCAGGAGCAGGAGCAGGAGGAGGGGGAGGGGGGAUCCAUGAAGCAGGUGUGUAUUCGGAUGAAGAGGAUCUGAGAGCGUCCCGGGCAUCUUCUAUAGUGGACUGUCUGUUAGUGGAGCUCUAUGACACAUACAGUAAUGGUGUCAGAGGAGUGGACAGCUCGACCGAAGCCUCCAGCUCAGAAGCCUUCCUGGGAAGGAGUAACACUGGCUCCAACUUCCUCCAAGAACUUCAGGAGAAGCACACGAGACGCCAUCAGAUGAAAUACCUGGCUCAAAAAGGUCCAGAGGAGCUGAAGUGGAUCAUUCAGGAAGUGAAGUAUCGUAUUGGUGUGCAGUCGGCCAAACUGGUGCGUCAGGUCAAGAGGAAGGACAGACUUCGGCAGAAGUUUCAGAAGAACUGUGAUAUAGUCACCGCCUGCCUGCAAGCCGUCUCUCAGAAAAGACGCAGCUAUGAGCCUCCGCUCACCAACGUCUUCACCAUGCAGUGGUUUCUGACCAUGUUUGCCACUUGUUUGCCCCAUCACACCGUGCUGAAGAUCUGGGACUCGGUCUUCUUUGAGGGCUCUGAAAUGCUGCUGCGUGUAGCUCUCGCCAUCUGGGCCAAACUCGGAGAGCGAAUUGAGGAGUGCCAGACUGCCGAUGAAUUUUAUAGUACUAUGGGCUGCUUAACACAGGAAAUGCUGGAGCACAACCUUAUCGACUCCAAUGAACUCAUGCAGACAGUCUACUCCAUGGCCCCGUUCCCGUUCCCCCAGCUGGCUGAGCUCAGGGAGAAAUACACCUACAACAUCACCCCGUUCCCGACCCCUGUCAGAGCAAACAGCAGUCUGGCACUCCAUGGAUGGGAGAGUGAUGAUGAUGCUGACAUGGAUGAUGAAGACUCUAUUGUCACUGCUCUGGGUUGCCUGGGGCCUCUUGGAGGACUUCUGGCUCCUGAGAUCCAAAGAUACCAAAAGCACCUUAAAGAUCAGAGAGGGGAGCAGAGCUCUCAUGGCAGUAACAUGGCCGAGCUCAGUCCCGGGGCGGUGGGCGCGGGACGGGCCGAGCACCAGGCGGCCAUCAACAGCAUGAUGCUGGAGCGCAUGAGCACUGACAUCAGCGCGCUGAAGAAACAGUACUCACGCAUCAAACAAAAGCAACAGCAGCAGACCGGACUACUGUACAUCCGUACAGAUAAGUGUCCAGCCACCAGUAUCCUUCCCUCUCAAAUCGGUCCCUCCCCUGUGGUCAACCAUCUUCUUCUGGGCAGGAGGCCCAGACCCGGUCAGCGAUCGUCAAAGAACGGUGUCAUCCAUAACGAUGGAAGUCCUCAAGCCCACUCCACACCCAGCCAGAAUCAGAUGAUUCGGACCAGACAUCAUUCACCCUGGCGUACACAUGUGCGUGCGCACCGAAGGAACAUCGCCAGGGCGCGAGCUCAACUCGGAUUUGAUGAUUCUUUGGAGAUAGAAGACGAUCAAACUGAUGUGAGCAAAACAGAAGAAGCAUCUGAAGAGGGAAGACGUGAGGAUGAAGAGCAAGAGAGGGUGGAGACCAUAAGCUCAGAUGUCUCUCAGCAAGACCACAUCUCUGGAGAAGCAGAUGAUCUCCAGGAGAUCGACAAGCAGUUGUCUUCUCUGGAACUAGAACCAGAACUUUCACCAGAAGCAGCUUCUGAUCCAGCUACACCAACUCCUCUCCCAGAAGCAACUUCUGAUCCAACUACACCAUCUCCACCACCAGAAUCAGAUUCUAAUCCAAAUACACCAACUCCACCACCAGAAUCAGAUUCUAAUCCAAAUACACCAACUCCACCACCAGAACCGCAGCCCGAGCCCAAACCCACGGCCUCAGCUCCGCUCCCAUCCACCCGCCGUCCAGGUUCAGACUCCUCCAGCUCAGAAAGUGGAGACUCCCUCAAAAGAAACUCUUCGACGUUAGCAGGAGAACCUUCAAAACCACAGCAGAUCUUCUCCCCGUUCCCUUGCAUCAAAACCCCUCGCAAGUCCAUCACUGCCAGAAACUUGGGCCUCUACGGUCCAAACGCCAGGACUCCAAAUGUGCACUUUCCCCAGAUGAGCAGAAGCAUGAACCAUGUUGGAAGCACCACAAAGCGCCGAUGAUGAAUUGUCGACUACAGACAAGCACUUAUUUGAUACUUCAUAUCAAUACAUUUGGGUUCAAAUCUCCAACCAUGAAAGCAUGUCUCUAGUAUGCUUCCAGAUACUCCAAAACAUCUACAUUUAGAAACCAUAUUGGAUAAUGUAAUGCUUCCAUGAAGUUUAUAAUAUGAAUUUAUGAAGGCUGUUUACUUCUGUGAUGAAACCCUACCUAAAUAUCUGGGAAUAAUACCUGAUAGACACGAUCGGUUGAAGCUUUUGUGUCAAUGAAAGUAUCUCUUUUUGCAUGUUCAGAUCAGCAGUAUUUGCUACGAUGCACUGUGUAUGUUUACUUGCAUGCUUCAAAGCUAGGAAAAUCACAAUCACAAAUAUGUAAAAUACUCAUGCUAAAUGACUGGGAAAUGCUGCAGUUCUGCAUCACACAGUCCAAAAGGAUUUUUUAGCACCCAGAUACACUAUUUAGUACUAUAAAUCAACAAAUUUGCUUGUUUCUGUUGUUUUGACUGCAUUGGUGUUCAUUUUUCAAUCAUGUCAUGCCAUUUACUCUUGAUAUCUCCUUAGUAAAUUAUUCAAUUGCCAUCUGAAUGACAGAAGUUGUCAUUAAGUUCUUCUCUUUAUGGAUGCUCUUAUUCUAAGCACUCCAUCCCUUUGAAUGUUUCUCUUCUCUCUAUUAAUCUUUGGUGUUUAUGAGCAGUGGAGGAUCACAAAUGCCCCACAGAAAAUAAAAGACGUGCAAGUAU